UCUUAAUUUUUAUAAAAUUAUGGAGUCGCCAUUUACACAAAAGCCCUAAAAGUAGAUCCUCCAAACUCCCAAAACCCUAAUCCUCUUGCUCUCCAGGGUCCCAAUCCUUCAGUUUCCCGCUCCUCUCCAAGUGGAAAGCAGAGCUCUCCUGGAAGCGCAUUAAUGGCAGAAACUAAUACCCCAGAAGAACCAGCAUUGCCCGCCAAACGCAAAUCCGAUCUCACCCCCGAAGAUGCGAUCGCUUAUCCGAAGAAAAACCCCAAGCUUGAAGCUUCCUUGAAGGAUAAUAAUCAAAACCCAGAAUUGUCCGACCACAAUUCAUCGGAGGCCGGAGUAAAAAGUGGCAAAGAUGGAAUUUUUACUGCUGCUGCUGCUGCUUCAGAUGCUGGACCGAAAGAAGAGGAUGAAAACGGCGACGAAGAGGGAGAAGAAGACGACGUAGAUGGUGAGGAGUCUAAUGGGAAAGCAGAGGCCGAUCGCAAGGGAAAAGGGGUUAUGAGAGAUGAAAAGGGCAAAGGAAAGUUGAUAGCUGAAGAAGAAGAAGAAGAAGACGAAGACGACGACGAGGAUAGCGAUGACGAUUCGAGUGAUGGUGGGAGUGAAUUCGAAGAUGGGGAUAGCGAUUUAUCGGAUGACCCACUUGCGGAGGUGGAUUUGGAUAAUAUUCUUCCAUCGAGGACUCGGAGGAAGCAAGUUCAAUCCGGUGUUUACAUUUCCAGUGAUGUUGUUGGGAAUGACAAUGGGGAGGAUGAUAGCGAUGAUAGUGAUGCUUGAGAGUUGAUGAUGAGCAAAGGAUGAAUAAUUCCUGGGGACCAGAGGGUCUGAUGGGGGCUAACUGUUUAUCUAUGUAUCUUGUGACCCGUUGAUGUGAUCUGUUACAUCAUGUACUAUGUUUUGUAUUGUUGAGUUGCUCAGAAUCUGUCUGGGGGACAUUUUGUUCCUUUCUUUUUGCUCCUCAACGUGUUAAUAGGUUUUAAGGGUCUGGGCUGGAUGCAUUUUUGGGUUUCUGAAUCCUACCUACAUAUAUGUAUAAUGAAACCAUAAGGAUGUCUAAGAUGGUUUUGGAUUUUUUCAUCAAAAAGAAAAAAGAUGGUUUUGGAUUUUCUUCCUA